UGGAUAGAGUAUUAGAAAUAAUUAAUCUUCAAUGGCACCACCACCAUCCACGGCGGUUCCACCACUGGCGGCGCUGGUUGUUAGGAUCCUUACAUUUAUUUGCUUAAUCAUUUCGGUUAUCAUUCUCGUCACCAACACCGUUAAGGCUAGUGACGGUGUAAAUGAAGCCAAACUAAAAUUCAAUAAUUUUUAUGCUUAUCGGUACAUGUUGUCGACUGCAGUACUCGGAAUCGCCUAUACACUUAUACAAAGUGCAUUCGCAAUCUUCCAUGUGAGCAUGGGAAAUCGCAUUGGAGGUGAUGGCUUGGUUCAAAUUGAGUUUUAUGGGGACAAGAUUGUAUCCUACAUAUUGGCAACUGGUGCUGCUGCCGGGUUUGGACUCUCUGUAGAUUUGAACCACCUUCCAGUAAAUGGUGCAGACAUAGAAGAUUUUCUUAACAAAGCGAAUGCUGCAGCAAGCCUUCUCUUCAUUGGAUUUUUAUUCUCAGCCAUAUCAUCUGUCUUUUCAUCACUAUCUCUUCCAAAGAGAAGUUGAGUCGACUCGUAUAUUUUUCUCUUCGACUAUUUAAAUAUGUGAUGUAUGUGUCACUGGGUUGAUUAUUCUAUGAAAUCGUACUGUUUAAUUCUA